CUAUUCCUCCCACUGAUACCAAUGAUGGGACACUAUUUGUCAGGAAUCCCCGCUGCGACGGGCUCGGCGCAGGCGCAGUGCACCGCUCCGUGUCAGAAUGCGGGCACUGAGACCUGGCCGUCCGCGGCGAGGGAGUUCGCGCAUGCGCAGUGGGGACCCGCGGGCGCGCGCGUGGCACCAAUGGCAGCGCAGGGCGGGCGUGCGCUGGGGACGCCUGGCCAGUGGAGUGCUAGUGGUACCGCCUGGUGGUCCCUUACACUAUUCCUCCCACUGAUACCAAUGAUGGGGCACUAUUCCUCCCACUGACACCAAUGAUGGGGCACUAUUCCUCCCACUGACAUC